AUGAUAGGUGUAAACGAAACAAAGCUGAAAGAACUUGAAGAAGAGAGAGAACGACUUAGGGAAGAAAAAGAACUAGAAUUGCGCAAAGCACUGCAAGAAAAAGAGGAUCAUAAGGUACGAGUUGAAGAAUUAAAACAAACAAGAAUAUUGAUCAAUCAAUUAAACAAGCGUUUACAUCAACUCGAAGUACAAUGUCGUGAUCAAUAUACCUGGGAAAGAUAUUUUCAAUGUGAUGAUUUACCUAAUCCAAUUAUUGAAAGCGAAAUUAAUACAUAUAUCAGUUUAUGGAAUUCAGAUGAACAACAUAUAUCUAUAGAAGAUGUUAUGAAUGAUUGUAUAAAAAGUUUUAAAAUUAUUGAUGAAUUAAACUUAUUGAUUUCUGAACUAACGGAUCAUGAUGAAGAUCAACUUCAUUUGGUCAAAUACAAUGAUAUGAUACAUCAAUUAAGGCAACAAAUAGAUGAGAAACUAGAUAGAUCUAUUAUUGAUCUAUUAACAAAAGCUAUUUAUUAUAAAGAUAAUGAAACAUUAAAUUUACAAAAAAUUUGGUAUAAUCAUUGGAUUGUAUUGUGUAUCUGGGGUAAUUUAUCUAAAAAUCCAAGGAUUAAACAAUUCACAUUCCCUGAGAUUGAUAUUACAUUUGAUAUCCCAAAAGUGUUAACUCUAUCUGAUUGUGUAUUUUUAAUCAAUUUCAUGAAAUAUGAUAAUUAUUCAUUUAAAUGUCAAUCAUAUUAUCCAUGUAAAUUGCCAAAAUCAAUUAAUAGUGAAUUAGUCAGCGGUGAAAUGAUUCAACAAGAUGAUACUUUGAUUGAAGAGAAUCAAUUAAAUGAAAAUAAAAUAGAAGAAAUUUUAUUAAAUGAUGAUAAUAGUGAAAAACAGCAAACAACUGAAAUGGAAGAAGCAUUUGAAAUUCCUCCAGAAGAUCGAAUCCCUACACCAGAAUCUGAGAAUUGGAUAAAAACUGAUAUGGAAGAAGAUGCAAUUGAUUUAGGUGAUUAUCAUGUAAUUGGUGGUAUUAUUCGUUUUGAACUGCUUACUCUACCUCGACAACCUAAGACAGUUAAAGGUUGGACUAUUACAACUUGUGUAAAACCUCCAAAACUUCAUCCAUUUGAAUAUAUAGUUGAUGCAUCAGAAGAAAUAAAAACAGAAAGUGAAUCUGUAAUGGAAGAAACCCCACGAAAACAAGAGAAGAAAGAAGAAAGACCACCAAUUCAAGUUAAAAUUCGUAUACCAAAAUCUAUAAUCAUUGUAGAAGAUCCUUUAUUAGCUAGAUGGGAUCCAGAGAAAUUACAAUGGCGUACAACAGGUAUUCAAUUAAUUAAAUUUAAUGAAGAUGACAAUACUAUCGUAUUUAAUACAAGUGUAUUUGGUACAAUUGCUAUCUUUCAAGAUUUUCAUAUUAAUAUGCCAUUUCAAUAUUGGGAAUUACGUCCAUUACCAUUAAGAAGAAAUGAUCUAAUCAAUACAACAGUACAAUCAAUUCAUUCAGAUCCAAUAAAUGAUCCUACAAAUAUUAAAAACUCUUUAAUAACAAAUGAACAUCAAUCAAUUACAAUGAUCAAAUCGACUACACCUAUUAUGAAAUCAAAUAAAGCAAUGAAUCAAGAAGUGAUUAAUGUUAUUUCCCCUGAACCAAUUGUAAUAGAACACAAUCAGAAUGGUAUUACAGAUAAAUCGAAAGAAUGUAUCAUUCUUGGACCUGUAACAACGCUUGGUUUAUCUAAUGAUGAAUAUCAAUCAAUAUUACAAUCAUCAUCAAUAACAAAUCAAUGUUUAUUAAUCAUAAUGGGUGGUUGUAUUGAACUUCGAUUACAUAUUUUAGGUGAUCGAAUAUCAAUCCUUCCAAGUAACCCAGUAACUGAAACAAUAAAAGGAAUUGGUGGUGAUCGUUCAAUGGUUAAUGGACCGAAUAAAAGCACAAAUGUAACUGAGACAAAUGAUACAGAUUUAUUAAAACAUUCUAAACGAGAAUUAAAUCAUUUAUGGGGUAAAUGGUUUACAUUAAAUGAAUUAAUCACAGUAUUACAACAGUCAGGUAUGAAUAUAUUUCCUAGAGAAGAUUCAGUCAGUAGGAUUGAUUGCCUUAACAAGAAUCGUCUUGUUGAAGAAAAUCUAUAUCAGCAUAUGGCAUUAUUAAGUCCAUCCAUGGCUUUUGGUUGGUCAAGAUGGAAUAGUGAAUGUCAUGAUGAUCAUACAAUCAUUGUAACAGCUGUUGAACAUAUAGAUCAUGAAGAUUCAGUUGAUGAGGAAUCAUGGAAGGUGUAUAGUGUAACUAGGAAAAAGGUGCAACAAUUGGAAAUGAAAGAAUAUGAUGAACAAUUCAGUCCAUUAUCUAAUCCUAAUCAACCUUUCCAUGCAGAUUUUUAUCACAUGUAUAUGGAUUUUGGAUGUGACGAAGGUAAACGACGAGUUGAAGAGAUAGAUCUAAAAUAUUUUAAAACUGUAAACAAAUUACUUCAAGCCACUCGUCUUUUAGUUUUCUCUUAA